GUCAAGUAGAGUUGAGCCCAGAGGUGGAAAACCCAACUAGCACCGAACAAUCGAAGAAAAGACCGAUGAAGGUUGAUUUUCCAGCGAUUUUCACGACCUCCAAAUUUCCAAACUCCGAUUACAUUUCACAUUCCCCCCCGUAAUAAUGGUUUUUGUGGCCCUUAAAAAAGACCAUUAGUACUUAAGUGUCAGUGUUUCGGCUCAGCAGGACUCGAGCCGUGCACUUUGGAGCUGAUUCUCGUUAAUCCAAUACAUUCCAGUAUUUUAUAUUCGUUGAAACACGUCAGGAGACACGUUGUGAACCAUGAAUGCCUCCGAACAUGGGUUUAACCCAGCCUUUAACAUGGCCUCAAUAAGGCAGGCAUUGAAUGAGGCUGUUGAAAGAGUAUCAACAGUGAGAAUGCCAGCACCAACGAGGCUCAGGGAUCUGAUAAGGCAGAUAAGAGCAGCUAGAACGGCUGCUGAAGAGCGCACGGUUGUGAAUAAAGAGUGUGCGUACAUCAGAUCGACGUUUAGGGAGGAGGACAGUGUCUGGAGAUGCCGAAACAUCGCGAAAUUACUGUACAUUCAUAUGUUGGGUUAUCCAGCUCAUUUUGGUCAACUGGAGUGCCUGAAACUCAUAGCCUCACCCAGAUUCACUGACAAACGUAUAGGAUAUCUGGGGGCAAUGUUGUUGCUCGAUGAGAGACAGGAUGUUCAUUUGUUAAUCACCAAUUGCCUGAAACAAGACUUGAAUAGUCCAAUUCAAUUUGUAAUUGGCUUAGCUCUAUGUACCCUGGGUGCAAUAGCAUCACCAGAAAUGGCUCGUGAUUUAGCAGCUGAAGUUGAGAGACUCAUGAAAUCACCAAACGCAUAUAUUCGUAAAAAGGCAGCACUCUGUGCGUUUAGAAUAAUACGUCGUGUACCAGAACUCAUGGAGAUGUUUCUACCCGCAACUAGGAGCCUACUGACUGAGAAAAAUCAUGGAGUACUCAUUACCGGUGUCACGUUAAUUACGGAAAUGUGUGAAAACAGUGUGGACACUCUCAAUCAUUUUAAAAAGGAGUGCGGCCACCGAGAGAUUGUUCCGAAUUUGGUGAGAAUCCUGAAGAACUUGAUCCUCGCGGGAUAUUCCCCUGAGCACGACGUCUCUGGUGUGUCCGAUCCAUUUCUGCAGGUGAAGAUCCUUCGCCUGUUGAGAAUUCUGGGGAGAAACGAUGUGGAUGCCUCUGAAGCAAUGAACGACAUCCUUGCACAAGUCGCCACCAACACUGAGACAAGUAAAAACGUUGGGAACACCAUUCUCUACGAGACUGUCCUCUCCAUCAUGGACAUCAAGAGUGAGAGUGGCCUCAGGGUUCUAGCUGUCAAUAUUCUUGGACGAUUUCUGCUUAAUAACGAUAAAAAUAUUCGUUAUGUUGCUCUCAAUACACUUUUGAAAACUGUUUACGUGGACACUUCGGCUGUUCAGAGACAUCGAUCAACUAUUUUGGAAUGUUUGAAAGACCCGGACGUAUCAAUAAGAAGACGUGCGAUGGAGUUGAGCUUUGCUCUCGUGAACUCGAACAAUAUCCGAAAUAUGAUUAAAGAGCUUCUGCUGUUCCUGGAGAAAGCCGAUCCAGAAUUCAAGGCUCAGUGCAGUAGUAACAUUGUCAUGUCUGCUGAGAGAUAUUCGCCGAACAAACGCUGGCACCUGGAGACGCUUUUCAAAGUCCUCGUAGCAGCUGGAAAUUACGUUCGCGACGACGUGGUAGCUUGCACCAUCCAACUGAUCUCCGAGGCCCAGCCUCAACAGGGCUAUGCAGUGAAUGCACUGUGGCAUGCACUGGAACGAGACACAUUCGAUAAACAACCUUUGGCGCAGGUUGCCACGUGGUGCAUCGGGGAGUACGGGGAUCUUUUAUUAUAUGGCCCACCCCCAGAGGAUGUGGAAGUUCCAGUCAAUUUAACAGAAGACGAUGUGAUAGAUGUCUAUCAAAGGCUCCUCUGGAGUCCUCAGAACACAGUGGUCACCAAGCAGUACACUCUGCUCUCCCUGACGAAGCUCAGCACAAGAUUCCAACGAGGAAACGAUAGGACGCCUCGAUUUUACAGGAAAAUACGCCAGAUAAUAGACACAUUCGGUAGUAAUCUGCACAUUGAGCUGCAGCAGCGAGGAAUCGAGUUCUCUCAAUUAUUCAGGAAAUACGAUCACUUGAGGCCAGCACUGCUGGAGAGAAUGCCCCCGAUGGAGACAGCUAGACCCCAGGCGAAUGGUAUAAUUGGACUGGUGAAUGGAGAGCAAGAGAUCGAGGAGGAUAAGCCUGUCGAGACAGGUGUGACCCCUGCGAGUGACUCCAGUGCACUUCUGGAUCUUCUUGGCUCGUCGGAAUUGUCUGUACCAGCUUUGGUGACGUCUCCGGGGGUUGUGAAUAAUCCAGCUGUUGGAAAUAAUGAUCUUCUGGACUUGCUUGGGGGCCUGGAUCUCUCGACGCCCGCUGGGACCACUGGAAAUGGAAUUGAGGAGGUGGGAAGUCCUCUGGGAGUCCUGGGAGGGAACGAAGGUAUUUUCAGCCCCACUUCCACUGGCAAUUUCUUGGUUGAUGGAUUACUCACUCCUCCUGUCCAGAAUGAAGUGCCAAGUGUAUUAGUUUUGGAUAAAGCUGGACUGAAAAUCAACUUCAAGAUGGAACGACCACUGGACUCACCGGAUCUUCUCGUUAUAAACAUGACUGCAGUCAAUUCAACAGGAAUACCACUCACUGAUUUUCGGUUUGAGGCUGCAGUCCCUCGAACAUUCCAAUUACAAAUGCUGCCACCGUCGAGCACCGUCAUCUCACCCUCCGGACAAGUGACUCAAGUACUGAAGGUCUCAAAUAUGAAUUCGGGAAAUCUACGAAUGCGUCUUCGUAUUUCCUACAGCGGCGACUCAGGCCCAGUUCUCGAGCAGACUGAGGUCAACAGCUUCCCAGCCCUUGGGUCCCAGUGACAUAUUAUCACUGAUAAUCUUGUAAAUACGCCUGCUUGAAUCAACCCCACCCAACAAACUCCAAAAUACCAUCGAGAGUGUCUGAGACAGAGGAGUCAGGUGUUAUUAAUCGUUAGAAAACACGGGAUAUUAAUCUGGAGGGUGGUUUUGCAAUACUCUGCCCUUGAAAACAAAACCCAGAGAACAGUAAGAAUGAUUCCGAUAAUUCAGUAGCGAAGCGGUAAAACGACUCAAAGCAUCUGAGGGCUCUGUUUAGCCCUCAGCUAAGUUAUUGAAAAAUAUCUCUGAAUCUGAGGGAGAUAACGAAUUUUUCGUAAUGACCUUUUUUGUAGGGCGUGUUGAGAACUAUAAAAAAGGUUAUGAGCAAAAUUUCGCUAUCUCCCUCAGACUUCGAGAUAUUCCGUUCUAGAUGAACCGUUUUACCGCUUUGCUAUUGAAUUAAUUCUGUCCUGAUGAUAAUCCAUGAUGAAAAAAAAUUGCUCUGCUCAUUCGAUGUCUCAGAAGUUAUUGAUUCUAGACUAAGAUGUUGACAAAUCUGUUUUUAUGGAGCAAAAAAUCAUGAACAAAAAAUGACUGCUGACAUUUUCUGUUAAAUCCAAUAGUUUCAGUGAUUGAAAUAAAAACAUCAAGAAUUUAUACGACUUAUUUCGUAAGUAUCUCCACAACUAUUAGGUUUAGCGAAAAACAUCAAAAGAUAUUUUUUGUAGAGCAGAAAAUUUCCUAUGAAAAAUUUCUUUUGACAUUUUCUUAAAAAUUUGAUAUUGCUCGAGAUAUUUGCGAAAUAAGGUAAAGUGUUAUUAAAACUCAAGUUUUAUCAUUUCACUGCAACAAUAAAAAUGAUUAAUUAAAUUAAUUCGGUCUUGGAGUGGUAAAAAUCAAUGAUAAAAAAAUUGUUCUGUUCAUUUGAAAACUUCAGUUUAAAACUCAAGUUUUAUACUUCACUUCGACAAUGAGAAUGAUUAUUUAAAUUAACUCGGUCUUGGAGUGGUGAAAAUCAAUAAUAAAAAAAAUUGUACAGCUCAUUUAUAAUUAAUUCAGUCGCGGUAAUAAUCUAUAAUGAAAAAAAAAUCUGCUCAAUUGACGUCUCAGAAAUUAUUGGUUCUAGAGAAAGAUUUCAAAAAACCUCUUUCUAGAGAAAAAUCAUGAACAAAAAAUAACAGCUGAUAUUUUCUGUUAAAUCCAAUAGUUUCAGUGAUUGAAAUAAAAACAUCAAAAAUUCAUACGACUUAUUUUGUAAGUAUCUCCAAAACUAUUAGGUUUAGCGAAAAACAUCAGAAAAUAUUUUUUGUAGAGCAGAAAAUUUCCUAUGAAAAAUUUCUUUUGACAUUUUCUUUAAAAUUUCAUAUUGCUCGAGAUAUUUGUGAAAUAAGGUAAAGUGUUAUUAAAACUCAAGUUUUAUCAUUUCACUGCAACAAUAAAAAUGAUUAAUUCAAUUAAUUUGGUCUUGGAGUGGUAAAAAUCAAUAAUAAAAAAAUUGUUCUGCUCAUUCGAAAACUUCAGUUUAACCAAUUCAUUACUAAAUUAAUCCCUCAAUUAUUUAAUCCCAAAAAAGCAGGAUAAUGUCCGAGUAAAAAAUCGCCCUCCAGGUGUCGUUUUUUUUCUACUUUGCUUGUAAUUAACAAGAAGCUCUGUAUAUACUAGGUAGCUUAUUUCUAACCGAAAGAUUCAGCAAAAAACUGAAAGAAAAAACCUGGUUUCAGAGGAAAAUAACGAUAAACUGAAUUAUUCUAUGAUGUAUUAACUAGCCAACAUAAUUUUUCUAUGUUUAACCAUCAUCAGAGGAGCUAAGACAUUUUUUAAUUGAAUUUUACGACCAGAGAAUUGAAUGUCGAAUACACUUGAUCUAUUUCCCAAGUAUUUUCCUGCCAAAUAAUCAAUUAAACUCUACGUACUUAAUCAUUUUCGACUCGUUCUUGUUCUUUUUUCACAGUAUGAAAUUCCCUCCGUCCUUGUAAAUUAAAAAUGAAUAUAAUUACGAAUGAACAUCAAUUCUCUGGUGAUUUCUAAUGAAUUUUAUAAAUUAUCGAGGCAAAAUGUAAUUGCUCCAAUAUUGUUUCUUAUCAUUAUUUUAAUUUUAUAAUUGAAUAAUAAUGUGAGUUUACGUACUUUUCUUUAUAUGAUAUUAUGUAUGAAGAAGAGAUUAUUGUAAGGAAAUGAUGGAUAAUGGAUGAAAAUGGUAUGAAUAACUGAUGAAAAAGCAAAAAAAUGUAUAUAAUUUCUAGUGAAUCAAGGUGUGAAAAUAAAAUGUAUUUUUAUUCCACAAA